UCAUAUAGUGAGUAAAUUAAAGUAGGAUAGAAAAGCAGAGUUUACAUCUUAAGUUAUUUUAUUUUGAUGACUAAUUUCAAGACAUGCCUUCUGUUCUUUUGAAGAAGUGAUUGAUUGACAAUAUAACAGUUCGGCCUCCAUCAUAAAUAAAGAUAACGUACGAUUUUUUUUGGGUUGAAAAUUUAGCAAGUACAACGAAUAACAUGUCUAAAUUGUGUAGGUAUUUUAUGUAUUAUUAUUAUAUUUUGCAGGUAUUUUAUUUUGUUUUUUAAGUGUUUGCGUCGAUACGUACAGCGGACUGACGUCCCGAACGUCAGAGGAAAAAGUACUACAACUCCCAGAAUGCUCCGCGAACGACAAGGCGAAUGAUCGUGUUCGUGCGCUACAACCUUGGCCCCGGCGUGGCCGUGGAGCUGCAGGAGGGGGCGAGUGUGGCCGAGCUGAAGGAGGUGGUGGGGGGUCAGCAGGGCGUCCCCCCGGAGCAGCUCCGGGUGCUUUUUGCUGGAAGGGAGCUGCAGAGCACCUCCUCUCUGCAGAGCUGUGACCUUCCAGAACAGAGCACCGUUCACGUGGUCCCUCCCCCUUCGAGAUCGUCCUCCUCCCAGCCUCUACCCCUUCAGGAGGAGUCUCCACCCCGUGGCGGCGAGGAGGAGCCAGAGAGCCUGACGAGGCUGGACCUGAGCUCCUCUCGCCUCCCCACCCCCCCUGCAGACAUUACAGGAGAGAUGGGAGAUGGUGGACCGAGAUCACAGGAAGAGGCUGGACCUGCACCUGGGACAAGUAUGCGUAGCCGCAGUUCUUUCUUCGUUUAUUGUAAAAGCUGCAGAUCCAUCCAGCCUGGAAAGCUGCGGGUCCGAUGCCGGAGCUGUAAACAGACAGCUCUCACGCUGAGCAGGGGACCGUCUUGCUGGGAUGAUGUCCUAAUUCCUGGACGUAUCCGUGGUAACUGCCAGUCGGAAGGAUGCUACGGCGAUGAAGCGGAGUUUUACAUGAAGUGUGCGUCUCAUCCAACAUCCGACGACGACCUCUCUGUGGCUCUGGACCUCAUCAUGAUCAACAGCAAACAUGUCCCCUGCAUCGCCUGCACCGACGUCAUGGACGUGGUUCUGGUCUUCCAGUGCUCAGAGCGCCAUGUCAUUUGUCUGGACUGUUUCCGUCUGUACUGUCAGAGCCGCCUGAAUGAGCGACAGUUUGUCCACCACGCUGCGGUUGGAUACUCUCUGCCGUGUGCAGCCGGCUGUGAGGACUCGCUGAUCAAAGAGCUGCACCACUUCAGAGCUCUGGGUGACGAGCAGUACACGCGGUACCAGCAGUAUGCGACCGAGGAGUGCCUCCUGAAGAUGGGCGGACUCCUGUGUCCGGCGCCUGGCUGUGGGGCGGGGCUCCUCCCCUCUGACCUCAGCAGGAGGGUGGAGUGUGACCCCCAGCUGGGCUGUGGCUUCGUCUUCUGUAGAGAGUGCAGGGAGGCCUUCCAUCAGGGCGAGUGCAGGGCGCUCCAGGCCCUGCCUGUGGGGGAUGUGGAGCAGGAGUUCGUGGUGGACGAGGAGGCCUCUCGGCGGGGCCGCUGGGAGCAGGCGUCCCGGGUUCUCAUUCAGGAGACGACCAAGCCCUGCCCCAGUUGUUCCGUCCCCGUGGAGAGAAACGGCGGCUGCAUGCACAUGCACUGUGCUCUGUGCCAGGCGGACUGGUGCUGGCUCUGUGGCGUUCCCUGGAACAGGGAGUGCAUGGGGAACCACUGGUUUGGAUGAGAGGACCAGCUGUCCUGUAGGGGGCGCUGCAGAGACCUGCUCUUCUGAUGGAGUCAUUCUACAAAACCAACGUUGAGACACCAGUCAGCACCGAUAUGUGCUUCUGGUGAACGUUUGUUGGGCGGCAGGGUGGGGUACUGGUCGCCUUGCGGCAAGAGGGUUGUGGUUUGAAUCCCAGCUGGCUCCUCCCCA